AUGGGCUUCGCCGAUGAGAAUGCCAUUCCUGCCGGCGGCGCCAAGGUGAAGUCGGCAGUCACACGAGGACGGCCGCUGCGUGAGGUGAAUCGCUGCGCAGACAAGGGCCUGGCGCCCAGCAGCGCGGAGCUUGAGAAGAGGUACAUUGAUGCCAAGCGUAACGAGCUUCGAGAGGGGCGGCUUCGCAACGAGCGAUCUUGCCAUGCUGCCAUUCACAAGCCGUCGGUGUACACCAAGCUCACAACCAAGGCCACCGUGCCCCAUGAGUUCAACCUCAGCUGCUCUCGGCGGAGCGUGGGGGCAUGCUCUGAAGACUCCGACAUGGAUGUGGAGCCCGGGGCGGAGUGGACCUCUUCUUUGCGGAGGGGUCGCUCCUCGAGCCGAAGUCGCCAGCCCGAGUUGACGGUUCCUCGAGGCCCUCGUUUGCACACCUCCUGGCGACCUCGGAGCACGGCUCGGGGCCUCUCAGCCGAACCCCGGGAGGCCGAUGUCUCCUGGUACCGCUCCCUGCGCUCGGCGUCCCAGCGGUAG